AUGGUAUGGCCUUGCGCCGUGAGCGGUGGGUUUGGGGUUAACCCUGGUCCCUGCAGGAGAUUUGGACUUAUGAUCCGAGUCGAGAUCUGCGUGACCGACGGCGAGAUGUCACAUAGGGACUCCGGUGCAUCGUCUCUUCCUUCAGAUACCGAUCCAGGAUUUUAUGAGAUCUCGACGAAAGAAAAAGCGUAUGCACAAAUGAAUUCAGACCGGGCACGGGUUGGUUUACCUCCGUUACCAGUGUACAGUGGUCGGUCCGUUUCUCAAACGUUAGGUGAGAGUGUUGCUUCCGGUCUCACAGAGGAGGAUAACGCCCACCCGGAUCGCAAGAGCCACGAGGAGAAGGUCCACAGGACUCGCGAAAUUGACGAGGAAGCUAACCCGUUAGGACUCGACUUGAACGAUAAUGAACAGGAUGAGUAUAUGUCAGCGCAAAAUACUGAACAAGCCCUUCGAGAUUUAGUGGAAGGCAUGUACGAAGGCGAUAUGGAUGGUGUUGAUGUAGAUGCUACUAUGCCCGAGGGAUUGAGCUGCAAAUUAUUACCUCAUCAAGUCUUGGGUGUAAAUUGGAUGCGGAGCCGAGAAGAAGGAAAAAAAAGAGGUGGAAUCUUAGCCGAUGAUAUGGGGUUUGGAAAAACCGUUCAAUCCAUCGCUCUCAUCAAGGCUCACCCGCAGCCCAUAAAAGGAGAACCGAAGACUACUUUGGUCGUAUGUCCAUUGGCGCUCAAAGAUCAAUGGGUCGAAGAAAUUCAACAAAAAUCGGAUCUGUCCGUGAUUCAGUAUCAUGGCCCUAAACGAGCCAAUAUCGCUCAUAAAUUACAUAAAUACCGAGUAGUGGUGACCACGUAUGAUGUUGUCGUAUCUGAUUGGCCAGAUCCUAAGAAGAUUGCCGAAAGAGAUCUUGGACCUGUGCAGGAUGAAGAUUCAGAUGAUAGUUCCAGAACAAAGAUCCUCAGCAAAUCCAAGGCCAAGAAACCUCGCGCCAAGAAACCCAAACUUAGCCCGCUUUUUGUUUAUGAGGACGGAGAGCCGAUGAAGUUCUGGCGGGUGAUCCUGGAUGAAGCCCAUACGAUCAAGAACCGAAAUAGUCAAAAGGCUCGAGCAUGCUGUAAAUUGAACACUGUAUACCGCUGGUGUUUGACUGGUACACCAAUCCAGAACGGUGUUGAGGACAUCUAUCCGCUUCUCCGCUUCAUUGGACCUUCCGUUAAACCUUUCUACGAAUAUAGUCAUUUUAAUGACAAGAUAUUGAAGCCUAUGAGAAGCAAUAAAGGUAAAGCUGCGAUUGCCAAGAUUCAGGCAUUACUCAAGAUCAUAUUAUUAAGACGCUCGAAGGAUUCAAAGGAUAAGGAUGGUAACCCAAUUCUCAAGUUACCUGGCAAGGAAGUUAUACUUCUUCGAACCACCUUUCGUGAUUCUGCGGAGGAGAAAUUUUAUACCUCUGUGGAGGAGCGUAUGUCUGAGAGGAUGGCCAAGAUGGCGGAAAGCGGUGAUAUGCAAAGGAGUUAUAUCGCGAUCUUGACUUUGAUUCUUAGGAUGAGGCAGGCUACCUUACAUCCAUCAUUGGGCUCAGAAAAAGCUGAAUUGGCGAGUUUGGAGGCUGCCGUUCCGAACCCAGCCACCCAAGAAGAAAUCGAUGAAAAGGUGGAUGACCUAGCUGAUAUGAUGGGAGGCCUCGGCGUUAAACAAGCGGCUCCUACAUGUGCCAUCUGCUUGGAAGUCUUGGUCGAUGAGAUGCUACCGGGACCGCAUUGCGCGGACUGUGAGCGGCGGGUGAAAAUGGCCAAGACAUUCGAGGGAAUGAACGCAUCUACAAAGAUUUCAAGACUACUCGAGCUUUUAGACGAAAUCGCGAGCGAAAGCUCAGAGAAGCCCAAAAAGACUAUCGUCUUUUCGCAGUUUACAUCGUUUUUGGAUUUGAUCGAACCUUUCAUCAAAAAAGCCAAGCAUGGAUAUGCACGAUACGAUGGUGCGAAAACUGCGGAUGAAAAGGCGGAAGCCUUAAACAAGAUCAAACACGAUCCAAAAUGCACAGUUCUAUUGAUUUCGCUUCGGUGUGGAAGUGUUGGGCUCAACUUGAUUUGCUGUUCAAGAGUCGUAUUGAUGGAUCCCUGGUGGAAUCCUUCAAUCGAAUCACAGGCCUUUGAUCGGGCUCAUCGAUUUGGACAACGCGAUGAUGUCAAAUGUUACAAAAUAACGAUCGCCGAUACAAUCGAGGAUCGUAUUCUCAAAUUGCAAGAGGAUAAACAAUCGAUUGCUAAUCAAGCGCUUGGUACGGAGGCAGCGAAGAAGAUGAACAAACUCUCAGUUACUGAAAUGAUGUAUCUAUUCCAAAUGUGAAUGAAUGACUGAUCUGUAUCUCUUUCUUGAAUUGAAUCCGAUAAUCAUUGUGAUUAUGUGUGUUGAUGGUACGCAUAUGUUGUUAGAAUUGAUAUAAUGAGAUUUGUAUAUUGCUAUUGUGAUUUGCCUCCCACGCAGUCUAUUGACCAGGUGUGUAAAGAAUUUCAGUGGGCAGG